AGUUUCCCUUUUCCCUGGAGUGUUUCUUUUAGCCGAGCCCCAUCUGCCAGUGGGAGACAGAGCACUGGUCAGCCGCUGAGCUUCACAUCACAGCAGAUUUCUGUCUGCUUUUCUAGCACAAGCAAGUCUUUUCCUUCUACCAAGAAAGGGGGCUGAGAGCCAAACUGCCAACUGUUCCAAGUGGAGAGUACUUGUCUGUCAGUGUUUGAAAAGGCAGAAUGGUGAAACAGUGCAGGACUGUACAGGCAAGUCUCUCUGAUGGAAAGAUGAGAUCAUGAACACCAGAAAGCAGAGCUCGAGGCAAUAGAAUCCUAGGUGAAAGACAUUAAUUUAACUUCAGAGCAUUAAGGAUCUGACUGUCUUAUAAAAGGAAUUAACGUUAAAAAAGCAAAUUCAAGCUGUUAGCUGUGUCGAUCCACAGUGUGUUCAGUGGGGGCUGUUCCUCUAAAAGAUGCGGACUGACAUGUUUUUAUCGUGUUCCAGCGCUGUUCAAGAACUGAUUGUUGAGCUGCGACAGUUCCUGGAGCUCCUUGACUGUGAAUUGCUUAGUGCAGCUGUCUGUGAGAAGAAGUCGGUAAUUAACAACAUUCUCCAAAGGAUUCCAUCUUCCAAUGAUAUUAUAACCAAAGACCUGAAACAGAGAAAUGACAUAUUCAGUGGCCUGCCAGCUCCUCCACAACUGCCCCUACCAGAGAUCCCCCAGCCAUGGCUGGCACAAGAUAAUGGGCCCCCACCAUUACCAACAUCGUCACUUCCUGAAGGUUACUACGAAGAGGCUGUACCACUUAGUCCAGGAAAAGCUCCAGAAUACAUCACCUCCCAUUACGAUUCAGAUGCUAUGAGCAGUUCCUACGAAUCUUACGAUGAGGAGGAUGAAGAUGGCAAAGGAAAGAAAAUGAGACAUCAGUGGCCUUCUGAAGAGGCAUCAAUGGACCUGGUGAAAGAUGCUCGAAUAUGUGCCUUCCUCUUGAGAAAGAAGCGCUUUGGACAAUGGACCAAACUCCUGUGUCUUAUCAAAGACAACAAGUUACUGUGUUACAAAAGCUCAAAGGACCAACAGCCACAGAUGGAAUUAGUUUUGUCUGGUUGCAGCAUUGCCUACAUUCCAAAGGACAGUAAGAAGAAAAAGCAUGAACUGAAAAUCACUCACCAAGGAGCAGAUGCACUUGUGUUGGCAGUACAGAGUAAAGAGCAAGCAGAGGAAUGGCUAAAGGUAAUAAGAGAUGUGUGCAACAGCAGCAACUGUAAUGGAGCCAUAGAUUCCGAUGGAGCAUCUUCCAGUUCGCCCCUCUAUAAAACAGAACUUGAAAAGAAAUUGUCUUUUGAGAGGCCAAGUUCAGAUGGGGAAGGAGCUGCAGAAAACGGAAUUGGGACAUGCGAUGGAAAAGAGCAAAUGAAAGUAAAGAAAAACUCGAAAUCUGAACCUAAAGGGGCAGUGGCUAAAGUCACUGGAAAGAAGAUCACUAAAAUCAUGGGCUUAGGAAAAAAGAAACCAUCAACAGAUGAGCAGACCUCCUCUGCUGAGGAAGACGUUCCAACAUGUGGCUACCUUAAUGUGCUUUCAAACAAUCGCUGGCGUGAGAGGUGGUGUAGGGUGAAAGACAACAAACUUAUCUUCCACAAAGACAGGACAGACCUUAAAACCCACAUUGUUUCCAUUCCUCUUCGAGGUUGUGAGGUUAUACCUGGUCUGGAUAACAAACAUCCAAUGGCAUUCCGUUUGCUUCGCAAUGGACAAGAGGUCGCUGUGUUAGAGGCAUUAUCAUCUGAAGACAUGGGAAGAUGGCUAGGCAUAAUACUAGCUGAAACCGGUUCUUCUGCUGACCCUGGAGCACUGCACUAUGAUUACAUUGACGUGGAAAUGACAGCAAAUGUGAUACAGACUGCCAAACAAUCCUUCUGUUUUAUGAGCAGACGAGCUAUAUCUCCGAAUCCUUACAUGGACAACCCAGUAAAUGGCUAUGCUUACCCCAGUGGAACAGCACUUCAUUAUGAUGACGUCCCCUGCAGGAAUGGAUUAGAACCAGAUGAUGUCUUUCCUGCUUCUGGUAGCAGACGCUGUCAAGAGGAAGCGCAUUAUGACAAUGCAGGCCUGUACGAUAACUUAAUGCCUUCAAGUCCCACCUUAACCAACUUACCUACUCAUGGCAAGGCUAAUAGACUUUCUACUGACAAACUGUCUUCUAACCAUUACAAAUCUCCUGUUUCAUCUCGCCUGUCCUCUACUAAGUCUGUCACUAACUCCCCUCCUGUAGGGAAGGGAUCCGUUGUGCUGCCGUCACAGGUUAAAAAAGGAACAAAACAGACUACAGUAAGUAAUGGACUAAUAACCAAACAGAAAAGUAAUGCCAGCCAGCAAAAGAAGAUUCCCACAGGAAACAUCAAAGCCACUGAAUCCAAUACUGAACAGUAUAAAUAUGGAAAGAACCGUGUUGAAGCUGAUGCAAAGAAACUGCAGACACAAGAAGAUGAGCUUAUGAAACAAAAAGAGGCGCUUAGAAAUAAACUAGCUCAGUUAAGAAAAGAGAGAAAAGAUCUUCGGGCUGCCAUUGAGGCCAAUACAGGCAGGAGAAGCCAGGCUAUUCUGGAAGAGAAACUGAAGAAACUUGAAGAAGAAUGUAAACAGAAGGAAGCUGAACGUGUAAACCUGGAGCUUGAGCUGACACAGGUCAAAGAGAGUCUGAAGAAAGCACUGGCUGGAGGAAUCACUCUAGGACUUGCAAUAGAACCUAAAUCAGGCACUUCUAGUCCAAAGUCUCCAGGGUUGCGACACCGUACAUUAGAGAACUCACCGGUUUCUAGCUGUGACACUAGUGAUGCUGAAUGUGCCUCAUUACCAGUCAACAGUGCAGCUAUCCUGAAGAGACAGCCAUUGUCCAGCACAAAUCCAAGAAGAGGUCAUGUGCUCAGGAAAGCUAAGGAAUGGGAAAUGAAGAAUGGAACAUAAGGAGGACACAGAAUAAGAUGUUUGUUUUCAUCAAGACUCACUUUCUUAGCAAUAUCAUGCACCAUGCUGGAAGGGCCUUCCAUUUCUGUGGUAUAAGAGGAAACGAUGAAGCCAUGCUGAAAACUGUAUAUGUGUGUUUGUGUGUGCAUAUGUAUAUCCAACAAUAUUUUGAGGAACGUAGCAAGGAUGAAGCAUGUUUUAAAUGUGUAUUGUUAUACAUUGUUUGUUGUAAACUCCAAGCCCAGUUGUCUGUUAUCUUUGUUACUGAGCUAGAGGAAAACUAGUGAUGGAUUUAGCAGUGCACCGCAUGCAAUGCAGGAGAACAUUUGUGAUUUCCUGGAAGCUAUCUGAUGCUUCUGAAUGCUUCCAUCUUAAAAGUAAAUUUGUCAGUUAUUUGGGAAGCAUAUUACAUGUUUAAAUAGACCAUACAUUUACCAAGUGGUACAAUUUAGAAGGCUACUUUCAGCAUUUAUUUAACCUUUGAAUCUGAAGAAUGAAUCCAUUUGGUAAAUGGUUUACAGAUAACAGAAACACACAACAGGGACUCUGCAAUCCCUCCUUUUCUGUAUGGUCAGUACAUCUGCAUAUGAUUUCCUCUUAUUCCUAAAAUGUCCUCAAAAAGAAUAGAAAAUAUAACACAUUUACAUUUGUACUAUGUGCACAUUUUACAUACAAACGUGUCAUUUUUUUUAUAUUUCAUUGUAAAGUGUAUGUGUUUUUUUCUCUACUGCUGUUUUAGAAAAAAUGGAAACAAUUCAGUAUUCUGUUUGCACAUACAGAGUACCAAGUACACUCUGAAAUUUUCAAAAUGAUCAUUUAUUGUUUCAGCAAAGACAUAGCCAUCAAUUCUUUAAGUAUCAAUCUGGCAACCCAUGAUUUGUAUGUCUUUUUAAAAGUUUUUACAGAAAUGGUUUAGACAUCUAACUGAAAAGAUUAUUUAUUUGUAAAUUGUCAAUACAUUUUAUGUAGAAUUUUUAUUUAUAUUGUA